UAGUGCUCCGUAUAACUUUGCUCCACCACCUAUAACCAAUGUGCACUACGUAGUGAAAUAAUUCAACUCAUCCUUCCCAGACAUGUGCGGAUUUAACAGUCCUCAAACAAGAGAUUUAUGCGUGUGAAAUACUCACAUUAUUACACUUUGAAAAUUAACUCAUGGAAAAGAUGGGUGAGGAGCAAAAGCAGCUAUUAUUACCAAAAACUCAUGUCUCUCCUAAGGGUGGCUUCAAAACCCUGCCUUUCAUCAUUGGGAGUUCUGCGUUGAUGUGUAUGGUGGCAGCAGCAAUGGGAGCAAACAUGAUAGUGUAUUUGAUGAAAGAGUUUCAUAUGGAAAUGGCUUCUGCCUCUAAUUACAUCUACAUUUUCUCUGCCCUCUCUAACACUGCCCCCAUAAUCGGAGCUUUCAUGGCCGACUCUUUGGUGGGUCGGUUUGGAAUGAUGGGAUUUGGGUCUAUACUUUUCUCUUUGGGAACACUACUCAUCUGGCUACCAACAGCGAUCAUGCAAGCCAAGCCUCGUCCUUGUAGUGAAUCAAGUGACAGUUGUACCCCUGCCACCACACCACAGCUCAUUCUGCUAUGCACAGCUCUUAUCCUGACCGCGGUCGGAUGCGGUGGGGUGACAUCAUCCUCUUUAGCAUUUGGUGCUGAUCAGUUGAAGCAUUUUCAGAACAAUGCAAGUAAAAUAGAGAGUUAUUUCAGCUGGUCUUACGCCACCGGUUCGUUUUCUGCAAUAGUUGGUUCGGUCGGUUUGGUUUACCUCCAAGAAAACUAUGGGUGGAGACUCGGCUAUGGUGUUCUUGUUGCACUCGCGCUCUUUGCAGUGCUCACAUUCUUCUCCGGUUCGGUUUGGUAUUUGAGACCGAACCCAACCAAGAACCUGGUCAACGGUUUGUUUAACGUGAUGGUUGCCUCUUAUAGGAAUAGACAUAUCAAACUUUUUUCGGGAGAUACAGAACUUCAAUAUCAUUCAAAAGGUUCAGCUCUCAGUCAUCCAAGUGACAAGCUAAGGUUUCUGAAUAAGGCCUGCAUUAUACAAGAUCCUGAACGAGACCUAAAUGCAGAUGGAACAGCUGUGAAUCCUUGGAAGCUUUGCACCGUUGAUCAAGUGGAGGAGCUAAAAUCCUUAAUAAAGGUAAUCCCAAUAUGGAUCACAAGGAUUGUAAUGUCCCUAAAUAUUUGUCAGGGUUCUUUUGCGGUCCUUCAAGCAACCUCUCUGGACCGCCAUAUCGGUU